GCAGUUUGUGCAGUUUAUCCCGAUCCAGUGAAGAUAAUCUUUUAAGUGAAUUUAAAAUAAUUAGUAAUGCAUUAGUGGUGCAGGUUGGAAUUAUAGUUUCUUUCAACAAACGAGUGCAUUUGAAAACAGUAUCAUCAGAAUGACGGACGAAGAAUCCACGUUCAAAAAGCCGUCGAUCGAUUUGAAGCUGCUCAGCAAAAGUCGCAAAGGGGAACUUCCGGCCUCUGCUUGCACUGCGAAUGUGCAGGUUCCUUCCUCUUCGGAGGACCCACCGGUUCAGGACAAGGAACAACAGUUAGCGAGCGAUCCAAACGAAAUUCCACCCAUUCCCUACAAAGAACCAGCAUGGUCGCGGAAGUGUGACAGCUCCUUGAACUACAGCUUUGAGGUGCUAAAGAAUGGUGUAAUUAUUGAACAUGUUCAGCAACUGCAGAACAAAGCGCAUUGGUUGUUUGGUCGGUUGCCGAAUUGUGACAUUAAUAUGGCUCAUCCCACCAUAUCCCGGUACCAUGCCAUUCUACAAUACAAGAGUGUUGUAGGGGAAACGAAGGAUAACUCCGAUGGCGAGGAAGAGAAGGGAGACAAACGGCAACAUGUUACGAUCGAGCCGGGAUGGUAUUUGUAUGAUCUCAAUAGCACACAUGGAACGUUCCUGAAUAAACAACGUUUGAAGCCGAGGACCUACGUUAGGGUGAUGGUUGGGUACAUGAUAAAGCUGGGGUCGAGCUCGCGAACGUAUAUUCUGCAAGGACCACCAGAGGACGAAGAUGAAGCGUCUGCAAUGACCAUCACAGAGAUGAAGGAAACACGACAGAAGCAGGAAAAACUCCGUGCGGAAAUGGCAGAGAUCGAACGGCAGGAGAAGGAACGCAUCGACAAGUUGAAGGAAGAAGAAGGUGUCAAUUGGGGAAUGGCUGAGGAUGCCGAUGAGGAAACUGAUCUCGCUCACAAUCCAUUUGCUGUAACAAACAAUGAGGAACUAUUUUUGGAUGAUCCAAAGAAGACGUUGCGCGGGUACUUCGAAAGGGAAGGUCACGAUUUGGAUUACAAGCUGGAGGAACUAUCGGUUGGGAACUAUGUCUGCAAGGUGGAACUCCCGGUAGACGAUGACUUCGGGCGACCAGUUGUGGCAGAGGUAACCCACAAGGGGAAAAAGAAGGAAGUAGUUGUGCAAUGUGCACUGGAGGCCUGCCGCAUAUUGGAUCGGUAUGGAUUGCUCCGCCAGGCGACCCAUGAGCCUCGACGUCGACACAAGAAGACAUCCGAUUCCGACGACGAUGACGAUUUCCUAGACCGUACUGGAGACGUUGAACGACGUCGCCAGAGAAAGCAAGCCAAGCAAUCUCCAGAAGUACACACGUAUGAACAUCUGAUCAGACGUGAGGCAGAUCUCCUAGAGCGUCUCGAAGAAAUUGAAGGCAAAAUUCAACAACGGCAAAUGAUCGAAAAAGGAACUUGUUUGCCGGAAAACGACGACGAUGUCGAUGAUUUUCUGACAAAGUUGUCGGAAGAUAAACCGUACGAUAAGUUUGAAGUCCGUCGGCUUCGAUCAGAAAAGGAUAGGCUUCUGAAGGAACAUGAAAUGCUUCAGAAGCUCAUUAAGAUAGCAAAACCGUAUGAUCUCCCAACUAUGAGUCAGGAUCCAUCAGGUUCUACAAGUAGCAAGGAGCAAUUUAAGAAAAAGAUGAUGCCUCUAUUUGGCAAACGUAACAAACUGAGUAAGACGUUCGGAAUCAAAAAAUCCGUAGUUAAAGUCGGUGGCUUUACAAGUUCCCAUGGUGAGGAAGUCGAAGAAGACGAGGAUGAAGGUGAAGAGAAGAAAGAAGAGCCCAAGGAGGAACGGAAACUAGUGCAACCCGAGGCGCCAAAGGUGCCCAAAAAAGUGCAAGGUCCAUCCUUCAAUCCAGAACUGCUUGAACAGCAUCUAAAAAAAGCGGAGACCGUUCAGAAGCCUGCAGAAGACAGUCUGAUCGUAACAACCGAAACCGUACCUAAGGAAGAGGUUGCAGAUGCUACUCCGGGACGAGAAGAUAGCGACAAGAAGCGUAAAAGUGAAACGGAAUGUGAGGAUCCUGCAACUUCGUCGUCGUCUGGUAAGAAGAAACGCAAUCGAAACCGCGGCAGGGAACGGAAUCGAGAUAACGUCGACUUCGAUGAUGCUGACGAAUUGCAGAGCGAAGAGAAGAAUAUCGAGUGGGUUCCACCGCAGAACCAAACCGGAGACGGUAGGACCUCGCUAAACGAAAAGUUCGGCUAUUAGAGAGAGGAACGCGGAUGUGAGGGGAAAGUUGGUUGGCAUUCAGCAGCG